AUGAGAAACCAAAAAACUUACUUCAGCUACAUUCCAUAGUCGCACUGUUCUAUCAAAUGAAGAUGUUAGAAGCUGAGUUGAGUUUGGUCUAAAACGGAUGUCAGUGAUCAGAAGGCUGUGUUCUUCUGGAGAGCUCUCAGUUUUUAGUGUGUCCAUGUUCCAGAUAAUAGCCUGCAACAUAAAGAGCAGCAAGCAUCUCAACAUUAAUGCCACAGAAGAAAACCAAUGUAUCUGGAAAUAUUGUUAAUAGACAUUAAUGCGCCCAGUCUGGAGGCAAAACGUUGUAUCUCUGUAAGUCCUGGCCAUCUCAGUUAGCUCAUGACAAAGACAUCAUAUCAUAUUGUCAGAGAAGAUAUCCAAAUACGGACAUCAACUGUCAAAGUCCCACACAGGUAUUAGAUAUCUCAGGUCAAAAAAUUCCUAGCAGGUAACUACCCAACAAGGGUAACAACGCAUAACAAAAUACCUGGAGAGCAUUGUAAGUUUGCAAUGUAUUACCUUCUUCUCAUGUCCAGCACUUGCCAGUAAUUUUCCAUCAGACGAGAAAUGGCAGCAAUUCACCUUGCUAUUACUUGCACGGAUGCAACUAACUUCACUAAAAGAGAAACCUGGAAGACAUUUUCAGCACUGUUACAUCAACUUUGCAGAAGUAUUAUCACCUGACAGCUGGCAAACAUCAUUAGUUACCCUUUGCAGACUCUGUGGUGUGCUCCACAGGACUUCUUUUCAAUGCAGCAAAAAUGUCUCGCGCGUCUCCAUCAUCAUGAGAGAGAAAUGAUUCCACAUUGUCAUCCAAGGAACCAACAUCCGCAAAAUGUUCCAUGUCAUCCUACAAUGUGGAUAGAAAAUAAUAAAAAAUAAAAAAUGUUAUGCACUAAGAGAAGAAAGCAAGACCAAAAGCAAUAGGGGGACUACCAGCUGAUUUGAAGAUGAGGCAAGCGUAGCUGUUCCAUCUGUGCCAUACAUCAUUAAACUCUUUGGCAUAUUAUUAAUAUGCUGCAAGUUUCCAGACAAUGGUCCUCCAUCACCAGGCGUAUGAGUGGACGGAGUUGAUGGAGGGGAGUUAGAAGGCCCCACUGUAUUUCCCGUACCAGUACUAUUUGCAGCUCCAGAGGAAGUAGGCCUCCUUUUCCUAUUAUUCUGGUAUUGUACAUCCAACAGAAAGAAGAAAAAUUUAGCAGGUCUUUAUCGCAAAUGUGAAAAGUGAUCUGAACAGGAGCAAUAAAAACAUAUUUACGUUUCACUACCUGUUGCAAAUGUUGCUGCUGUUGCUGCUGCUGCUGCAGUUGA